AUGUUUUAUUUAAUUGUGUAUAGUCAAGAUAGUUUUAAAAACGUUAAACAAUGCUUAAGCAUAUUUGAAAAUAUAUAUAUCUGUAAUGGAAAUAAAGUGGAAAAAAUAGAUUACAAAAAAAAUGAUAUUGAUACUGAAAAUAAUUUUUUAAUAAAAGAAAACGAAAGUAUACAAUGCAAAUAUAUACAAUAUUUAAAUAAAAAUAAAAUUGAAUAUUAUAUAUCAUCAUUUAUAGAAUUAAGAGUAAAUAUUACAGAAAAUUUCAACUUAUAUUUAAUAAAAGGAAAUAAUCAAAAAACAAUUACAGAUAAAAAACAAGACACAUCACAUUACUUAAAAAAUUACACAAAUUUUGAUCAUGUUCGAAUAAAAGAAAAAAAUGGAAAUAAUCCAAAAAAUGGAAAAAAUAUUAAAAAAGUUAAUUCUGAAAAACAAACUAUAGAAAACACAAAUCAUCAAAAUGAACUUAAUAUACCGUUACACCGAUCUCAUAUGUUAUUUAUUUUAUCUUUACCAUCUUAUUUUAUUUUUUACGAUUUUUUUUCUUUAAUAUUUGACUAUAUCGAUUAUAUAGAUAAAAUCAAAAUAUUUUAUGUUAAAACAAACUUUGACAUAUUUACAAAAAAAAAAAAAAAAAAAAAAGACACGUUUAAAGCUAUUUCCAACGAUAUCCAUAAUGAAAAGAAUAAAGAAAAUUACAUGUUAAAUUCGAAAUUAGAAUUCGAAUCAAAUAACCAAUCAGAUUAUACAUUAAAUAGUAUCACAAGCUCAAGUAUAGAGUUUUCUGAUUUUUUUUCAAUACCUCAAACUAAAAAUAUGUUUGUAAAAAAUAAUACAAAUAUAGAUUGCCAAAGUAAUUUCAUAAAUGAUGAUUGUACUAAUUAUGUACAAAAUGACGAUAAUGAUAAUAAUAAUAAAUUUAAAAAAAAGAAAAAAAAAGAAAAAAAUGUGAAAAAAAUACGACAAAAAAAUGAAGAACACACAAAAGAUAACAAUACAGAUAAUAUAUCAAAAGAAAAGAAAAUACAAUUUUAUAAAAAUUUAUACAAAAUUUUUAAAAAAAAAAUGAAAAAAAAAUAUAUAUAUAAAACAUAUUCUCUGUUAAUAAUAUUUAAAACACAAAUAUAUGCGGAUAUGUUUUAUAAAAAUUUCCAUUGUAAAAAUAUAGAUUUAUUAAUUAAAAAAAAUUUACCGAAAAGAAAUGUAAACAAUUAUCCAGUUCACAAAACUUGGAACAUAUAUUGUCUAUUUGUUAGUGUUGUUUAUUAUAUUAUAUAUCAAAAUUGCGAAAAAAAUUGCGAAAAAAAUUGUGAAAAAAAUUGUGAAAAAAAUUGUGAAAAAAAUGACGAGCCAAAUGACGACCCAAACGACCCAAAUAAAACUAAGCCAACACAAAUAAUAAAUUCUACAAACAUUUUCGACAUAAAUAAUUAUGAACAAUUUUUUAAAAAUGUUAUAAUUGAUGGAAAUAUAUGUAUAUCUACUUGUAUAUUUUGUAUGGAACGUUUAGGAAAUUUUAUAUAUUAUAUCUUAACACGAAAUAAAAAAUCGGAUAAAGAAUUAUAUAAUACUAAUAAACAUCACACACCCAAUAAUUAUAUUAACAUGUCAUGUAAUGCAUGUAUGUUCAUAAUUUUUUAUGAUAUUGUUUCAGAAUAUACAACUAACUAUUUUUCAUAUACUAUUGACGAGUGUUCAUAUAAUAUUGACGAUUGUUCAUAUAAUAUUGACGAUUGUUCAUAUAAUAUUGACGAGUGUUCAUAUAAUAUUGACGAUUGUUCAUAUAAUAUUGACGAGUGUUCAUAUAAUAUUGACGAUUGUUCAUAUAAUAUUGACGAGUGUUCAUAUAAUAUUGACGAUUUUUCAAAAAAAAAUCAGCGUUCUCAAAAAAAUGAAAAAAUAUGUUUAUACAAUCAUGGAAUUAAUAAAAUUGUCCAAUUAAACGAAUUAGUAAAAAUAUUAAAAUGUAAAAAUUGUAAUAAUGUUGAUGAUUUAUGGCUUUGCUUAAUUUGCUCAAAUAUUGGAUGUGGAAGAUAUCAAAAAAGCCAUGCAAAAAUACAUAGUUCAAAUUAUAAUCACAACUAUUGCAUAAAUUUAAAAACAAAAAAAAUAUGGAGUUAUCAAGAUGAUUUAUUUAUAGACAAUACAAUAGAUUCUCAAAUAACAAACAAUAAUGAAAAUAUAACACACCUUUCAAUUAAUGAUACAUUUAGGAAAUAUAACCAAAAUAACAAAAAUAACCAAAAUAAUCAAAAUAAUCAAAAUAACCGAUCUAGUUAUCAUACAAACAUAGUAAAAACAAUAAUUGGCGAAGACGAAAGCGAAAACGAAAACGAAAGUAAAAAUAAAAAUAAAAAUGAACAUACCAUUAUAUACAACGAAAAUGAAUAUAUAAAGGAUGAUAUAAAAAAUUUAAAGUAUGAUACAUUAUAUAAAUAUAAUAGUGAAAUAUAUGAUAAAAUUUUUGACAUAUUCACUAAUGAUACAUAUAUUGAUGAUAAUUUAAAAAAUGAAUUAUUAUAUAUUUUAUAUUCUAAACUUUCAUAUGAAUCAAAUAUUUAUAACAACAGUUUAAUCGAUUUGCAAUAUAAAUACCUUAACAAGCUAGAACAAAAAAAAAUGUACAUAAAAAAUAUCCAGGAAAAAAUUAAUGAAAUUAAAAAACAAAAUAAUAAAAUUACCAACUAUAUUCAACAUAUAGAUCACUUAAUAAAAACUAAAAACUCAGAAAAAAUGCAAAUGCAGAAAAAGAUUGAUUUUUAUAGAGAACUAAAUAAUAAUAUAAUUUCUCAAAAAAAAAAUGACAAAAAUACCAACCAAAAUAAAAAUAAAAACAAUGACAAACUUAAUAAAAAUGAUGAAAAUGAUCAAGAUACUGAUUCAAAAAAAAUAAAACACCUAGAUCAAAUUAUAGAAUCUUUGCAAUCACAAAUUGAUAAGUUAUUAUUAGAUUUGUAG